AUGUCACUGGAAUUUGGCUCUGGGAACCUCAGGCAUUCCAACCCCUACUUUCGUCUCUCCAUCGACAUUGGAACCAGUCAUGUCCGGUUCUCAUGUGGUUCCCGUCAUGGUAAUUAUGCCGCUACAAGAGACAGUCGGCUUUCAAAUGUGCAGGUGCCAACGGGUACCAGAGACCUAGCUAAGAUAAACGUGGGCUCAAGCACGUUCAUCCCAGUCGACGACGAAGAAUUUAUCCAGAUCAGCCCAAUCAAGGAUCUCAUCCUUCAAUCAGACGUGGACAAGAGGUUUGAGGAUAAGGGAGUGUUGUUCACCCGAGAUGAGGUGCUCGCCUACGUGCUCAAACUCAUCAUCACCGAAGCCGUAGCAGAGCUUUGCAACUCGGAGCGAGGGGACACAGUGACCCAAGAAGAGUUGGAAGAGAAGGGUAUUUUCCUUGCUACUACGUUUCCAGCAGCUUUCAGUCCAAUGGAAAAGACAAGGUAUCUGACAUACUUCUACGCGGCCUUCCGAUACGUUCGGAAAUUGGCAACUUCUGAACCAGUUGCUGCAACCUACAAAUAUGCCCCAGAGCGGAAGGACAGAACGCCUCUAUUGACUCUGAUGUUCGACUUUGGUGGCAGAACAGUUGAUUGUGCCUUAAUCCUGUGCAAUAACAAGGGCGACAUCAAGACUGUGCAUCAAUUUGGUGUCUCCCUUGGCGUUGAUGUACCUCUCAACGAAUCUUGGAAGGAGAUCCGCAACAAAGAGCUAGGGGACAUUGCUGGAAACUGGAAUGCUCUAAAAAGUUACAGUGAGGAGUUCCAAAAGGUGGCCGUCAAUGACCAGGACUCAACUCAGGACUUGGACGAGUACUUCCCUCCUAGUCUCAAAAAGACCCAGGGCGGCUUAGAUAUCCGCUCCAUCUUCAAAAAACAUUGGAUAGCCAACGUGAAGAGGGCUGACAACGAUCUGAAUCAGAAACUCGACGAGAUCUUUGAGGCAGGCACCUUGGAGGUUCGACGGACAGUUGUGGAUCUUUUGGACGAUUAUCCAAAACGCCACACUCAUUUGAAAAUGCAAGUUGGGCUGUGCGGUGGAGGUCCGCUUUUUCCUUGUAUCCGUGGCAUACUUGAAGAACUGGUUUCUCGCCGAGGAUACCGAGGAGUUCCACAACUGUUCACGCAAGGCAAGGUGAAUAGCGCUGCUGUGGUCGGCUUAGACUUGAAGGUGCAGGAGAUGAUGAAAUACCCGUUGGCCGUUGCGCCCAUCACAAUCUGUCUCGAACAAAACGUCCCACACACCUUGUACCCCAACAGGAUCGCAGCCACUGGUGGCACACAUUCGAUUUCACGAGAUCCCGCCGCGGAUGUUGAGCUCCUGGUCCUGGCACUCAAGGGCCAGGCGAUCACAAGCCCAAAACUGCCAGUCAACCAGGCUCCUCCAACCAAUUUCGUGUAUAUGGACAGCAACCUAGAAUACGGACGAGAUGCUGUGACGACGUUCAAAGCUACGUUCAGCGACGUCAAGUACAAAACAAACCAGAAUCAUUUUCUCGUCGCUCAGGACAACAGGAAGUUCUACUGUUGCGCUGAGCUUCGCAUCUCCUGCAAACACUGGAGCGAAAAGACCAAAGCCCUAACUGCCUUGAAAAUCACCAUAGACAUGGAAGGGGGGACGGUCGAGUGUGAGGGAAUUCUGUAUUCCCUACACAAGUGGAAUGCCCCCGGAAUCAACUCCGAUGAUCAGUUCGACAUGAUCGAGAGGGAGAUCAGUGUCUUGGAACGCUUGAAGGAAGAGACGCUCGAAAAUGUCAAGAAGCACGUGAAAGAUCUAGAGGACGAGGGUCUUGCCAAGUUGCAUACAGACAUCUAUCAAGUUGUGUCUCUCAACAUGGAGGAGUACAACAAUUUCGAUGUAAUCUACGCUGCCCAAGAUCUAGACGACUAG